AUGGGAGGUGUGUUGGACUUUGACACGAUCGAUGUGGAACUAGAUGAAGACUUUCUAAAGAAACAGAGUAGGAGAUGUAGAGAUGAGUUCUUGAACUCACUAUCUCUUGACGAUGAAGAUGAAGACUUCAUUAUCCCAUUAUUCGAGAAUGUUGAAGAUGAUGAAGCACCCGUGGAAGAAGAACCUUUGGAUGACGAACAGGAGGAGGAAGAAAAUGUAGAUGAAGUUGUGGAUGAAGAGGAAAAUGAUAGUGAAGCUCAGUUUAAAUAUUCCACACAUGAUCCAAAUGUGAAAUGGAAUAGAAUGAAACCUCAAGAGGGAGAAAGGUAUGAAUCUCCACAGCAACUUAAACUCUGUUUAACAAAUCAUGACAUAUCUAAAGGUUAUCAGAUUAGGUUUAAUAAAUGUGAUAGUGUUAGACUACACUGUGUGUGUGCUAGUGAUCAUGAGAAAUUCGGUUGCCCUUAUUAUGUUAAAGCCUCUUGGAUGAGCACUGAAAAGUCAUUCCAAAUAAAGAAAAUGUAUCCACAUCAUACAUGUGUCAAGAAUUUUAACAAUGGAAAACUUAUGGGACCAACAUGGGCUAGAUGUAGGGCAAUGUCCAUGAUUGAGGGAAAAUUAGGUGAUCACUAUGCAAGGGUGUGGGAUUAUGGUGGUGAAUUGCUAAGAUCCAAUCCAGACAACACCAUUAAAAUUUGUGUCGAAGACAACAAUGAUGGUACAACUAUUUUCAAAAGGAUGUACAUAUGUUUCAAAUCAAUCAAAGAAAGGUGGAAGAUGGGUUGUAGAAGGGUAGUAGGGAUCGAUGGAUCUUUUUUGAAAGGGCAGUGUAAGGGACAAUUAUUAACAGCCAUAGGUAGGGACCCAAACAAUCAUGUUUUUCCCAUAGCUUGGGUUGUAGUUGAAAUUGAGAAUAAGUUUAACUGGAAGUGGUUCCUUCAGUUGUUAGAGGUUGACCUUGGAAUGGAUGCAGGAAGGGGCAUGUGUGUAAUUUCAGACCAACAUAAGGGUCUUCUUGAGGCAACAAAGGAGGUGUUACCAUAUGUUGAGCAUAGACAGUGUGCACGACAUAUCUAUGCCAACUUCAGAAAAGUAUAUAGUGGAAUUCAGUUAAGGAACCUAUUCUGGAAGGCUGCCAAAUCAACUGUAGAGGGUGAAUUCAAGAAUCACAUGGAUGAGAUAAGACAGAUUAGCCCAGGUGCUUAUGAACAUCUAAUGGCAAGGAGCCAAAUACAUGGUGCAGGGCUUUCUUUUCCACUGGAUUGGCCUGUGAGGCUGUAG